UCCUUCCGAUAGCCCGUGAAUGCAACACUAGCUAUGAUUCGGACAUGGUGGUAGCAUCACAUCCACCGUAUGAAUGGGUUUGUGUCGGGCCUCCUGCUAGCCAAAUUCAUAGUAUUUUGAUAACCUUAGUUUUCUGUUAUCAGCCUCGAACAACGUCAUGUCCCAGGUCUGCAUAAGCCCUCAAAGCUAAGCUAGCUUAGCGUCAUCUUCUCGACCACAGCGUUAUGCUAACCGAUGGCACACAUUAGCUAGCAAGCAGCUAGCAACUUUAUUUCAUUUUGAGAUAGUUGCCCUAAAUGGGUAAGACAUUGAUAUAUUACACUUUACGAUAAAGUAUACGGCGAGUGUGAGUAAAUCAUCUCAAAAUGGACCUCAAUUUCUACUCUGAGCUGUCGGAUGGUUGUGCUCAAAAUGUUGACUCUGAGUUUUUGGACACACAAGCCUACGGGGGAUACUCCGAGGAAAACAAGUUCACAGAGGGCGGCGACAGCUACCUCGCCAUCAGUGGAGCGGGACACCCUUUCCUGUCCGCGGAGCAGACGUUCCAUACCCCCAGUCUCGGGGAUGAGGUUUUCGAGAUCCCCCCGAUCUCCCUCGACCCGGACCCGACUCUGAGCAUCGGCGAUGCGGUGUCCCACUUUGGCCCCGGGGGGCCUUCGGGCUCCCGUAGCCUGGUCAGUAACCUGGUGGUGGAGGCCAAUGACCCUUCCUUCGCCUCCACCUUUGUGAACUCUAGCUCUCAGGGCCUGGAGCAGCUGAACCUCAGGGUGAUGGGCCAAGCUGGAGGGGGGGCCCUGCUGAGCUCCUCUGCUCUGGAACUGGGGAAUUCAAGUGGUUCACAUUUCAGCAGUUCGUCCCCCAUGACCAUAGAUGUCCAACUCGGGGACAUCAGUCACGGUCUUUUAGGGAGCAGCCAUUUGAGCACCAUUAACCCGUCUGAAUUGGCACUUGGUCUUGGGGCCGAUAACAUCGGGCAUCCUUCGGGGACCCCCGAGCAGCCGCUCUCAGCAACCCCAUCGCCGGCUGGCUCGCUGCAGGACGAGGACAUGGAUGACUUCAAAAGGAGUGUGCUGGUAGACAGCCCCUUGUAUCUCUCCUCUUCCCUCUCCCACAUAUCCUCCCACGCGGCUCCUACGUCUUCGGUGUCUCCAGCUACAGCCAGGAGAGGCGGGGGGAAGCCGGCCUCACUGGCCUCUGUGACCGGGGCCGUGGGCCCUAAGAAAGUAAAAAAGAAGAAGGAUCCGAACGAGCCACAGAAGCCUGUCUCUGCGUACGCGUUGUUCUUCAGAGACACCCAGGCAGCGAUUAAGGGCCAGAACCCCAACGCCUCUUUCGGGGAAGUGUCAAAGAUUGUGGCCUCCAUGUGGGACAGUCUGGCUGAGGAACAGAAGCAGGUGUAUAAGAGGAAGACCGAAGCAGCCAAAAGGGAGUAUCUGAAGGUCCUGGCAGCUUACAGAGAGAACCAGCUCACACAACCUGCUACUGAGGAGAUGGAGACCGCUCCUUCACCACCACCACCUCCUCCACCCCCGGCGGUCAGUCUGACACCCGCAGCCUUCCCCUUCGCUGGUCACCAGGCCGUCAGGCUGCCUACCAGCAGCCUGGAAGAGAACACCAUCACCAACAUUUGUGCCUCCAACAUCAUCCUUGAUGUGCCGGAGAUGACCACGCGUUCCCGCACGGGGGCGAACAAGCCGCCCGCUCCCAUGGCGGCGCUACCCCCAUCGCCGACCAUCACCAAGAUCAUAAUCCCAAAGCACAUGUUGCAGGCGGGGGGCCAGGUGGUGACCGUGUUGCAGGGAGGGGUCCGAGCUUUAACACCCACGCUGGUAGUGUCGGGGGCCUCUCGUCAGCCACCCCCGCUGCAGCAGAUGCAGAGCGCGCCGCCUCCGCCGCGGCUGCAGCAAAUGGCGCCAGCGCCUCCGCCCUUGCAGGCCAAGCCUCGAGAGGGAAGCAGCACGCUGGGUUUGCCCGUGUCCAUCGCGGUCCCUCCGCCGCCGCUCCAGAUAAAGAUUGUUCCUGCGUCCUUGCAGGGCAAAGAAGUCCUGCCCAUUAUCGUCCCGAACACAGUGUCUUUGUCAUCUCCUGCGCCCGGCAUGUCGGUGCAGCUGGUGAAUUCAGCGGAUGCGUCUGGAAAUGCGGAGCUCAGCGAAGUUACAGAAGUGCUGCACUCCGAAGAGGAGGAGAUGGAGGUGAAUGGGUCCGGUGACGCCACGACUAUGAGGAGUGUGUGUGUGAGGACGGGCUGCAACAACCCGGCUGUAGAGAGCAACGACUGGGACAAAGAAUACUGCAGCAACGAGUGUGUGGCCAAUCACUGCAGCACUAUAUUCAAGGCGUGGUGCUCGAUAAGGAGUCAGAGCAUGGGAAUUGUGAAAUGAGCAGCGGCUACCGAUGUCAUCAACCAACCACUUGUUUUUCAGUCCGAGCCGACAUAGGCCAGCGUUCUCAUGUUAGUAUUUUUGGCACACUAUUAUAAUGAAAGGUAAGGCCAAUAAUUUUUGUGUUUUGUAUACAGUUUUUAGUCAAGAGACUUCAAGGCAGCUAGAGAUGGAAACAACCACAAUAAAGUGUAAUAGUUGAUAAGGAAAAGUGUUUGGUUUUGUUGGCUCAUACAGGUCAGGUUCUACUUGUUUACUGUGUUCCUCAGAACGCUCUGACAGAGGACACUUUUACAGCAGUUUGUGACAUGAUUGUACAGCACUGACUGGAAUUCAUGCUCUGUGAUGUUUUGGUGUUUCAUGUCUCUAGCAAGCGAAGGAACGUUUCCAAUUCUUUGGUAACUAAAGAUUAAAUAUGUCUAACAAUUAUUACCACUUUACACCUUGUUUUUUGUACUGAGAAUAGAAGCCUUUUAAGUUUAUAAUUGCCUUGUUUUUUAAAAUUCUGUUCAGACAUUUGUUUAAGGGGGGAAAAAAAGCUUGACUUUAGUUUUUCUUAAUAAAUGAACCAAUUUGCUCCUGUUGUCCUUUUUGUAGGACUAAAUAAAUACUGUCAUCUAUAAAUAA